AGUCACAGCCUGUACUUGAGCAAGUGUGUAAGACAGCAGCUGCUAUUAAAGCGAAGGACCAAGGAGCAUUGGUCAGAAAUAUCUCUCUAGAUCAGCUACCGGGAAGAGGAAAAAAAAAUCUGAAUUAUUCAAUAUUAAGCCCUACUUAUCACACAAUGCACUGCCUGAAAGGUCUGAGGACAGCUAACCCGGGAAUCUUGCAGCUAUUUAAAAAUGCAGGGAUUUCCAGCAGAGUUGGAGCUGACAACAUUGUUUUGUCCAGGACGCAGCAACCUGUUCCUCUCCCCUGCUGGGCCGCAGCAUCACCCCACACCCACAGAGCCUUUCACCAGAAGGGCCCUGAUGCAGACCCAGGACACCCCAAGAGUAGGUUGAUGUCCAGUAUGGAAGACCUACUUUUCUACACUAUCACUGAAGGCAAAGAGUCGAUCCCCCUGUCCCAUUUCAUCUCUGCUUUGAGAAAAACAGGUUUGUUGACGUCUGACCCUCGCCUGCGGGACUGUGUUCGUCAGAUGCGACAAUCCUCACGUGACUCCAUCGGGCCGGUCAUGAUGGACAAGAAGCUCUUUAGAAGGUGUUUGGGAAACAACAUCAUGCUGCUGACGAAGGCUUUCAGAAAAAAGUUCAUCAUUCCGAACUUUGAAGAGUUGACCCAGCACAUUGACCGGAUGUAUGACAGUGCACAACAGCAGGAGGCAGGACAGGUAGCUGAUUACAUUCCUCAGCUGGCUAAGUUCAGCCCUGAUCUCUGGGGUGUAUCUCUGUGCACAAUCGAUGGACAGAGACACUCUGUGGGUGACACCAAGGUUCCCUUUUGUCUACAGUCGUGUGUGAAGCCUCUGGAGUACGCCAUCGCUGUGCACGAGUUUGGCAGUGAGCAUGUUCACCGCUUUGUGGGCAAAGAGCCCAGUGGAUUCAAAUUCAACAAACUGUCACUAAAUGACGAAGAUAAACCACACAACCCGAUGGUGAACGCCGGAGCUAUCGUCAUCAGUUCUUUAAUUAAGCCUCAUUCAAAUAAGGCAGAGAGGUUCGACUAUGUGAUGGAGUUCUUGAAAAGCUUGGCUGGUACAGAGUAUGUGGGCUUCAGCAAUGCAACUUUCCAGUCGGAGAGGGAGACCGGUGAUAGGAAUUAUGCAAUUGGUUAUUACCUCAAAGAGAAAAAAUGCUUUCCUGACAAUGCAGAUAUGAUGGCAGCACUUGACUUCUACUUUCAGUUGUGCUCCAUUGAGGUGUCCUGUGAGUCAGGAAGUGUCAUGGCGGCCACACUAGCCAACGGGGGCAUUUGUCCAAUCACAGGUGAGCGUGUGCUGAGUGCUGAAGCCGUCCGCAACACCCUGAGCCUCAUGCAUUCCUGCGGCAUGUACGACUUCUCCGGACAGUUUGCCUUCCAUGUGGGCUUGCCUGCUAAAUCUGGCGUUUCAGGUGCUGUUCUGCUGGUUGUCCCCAACGUCAUGGGUAUGAUGUGUUGGUCUCCACCUUUAGAUCGGCUCGGAAACAGUGUUCGUGGCAUUCACUUCUGUCAGGAGCUGUUAUCUCAUUACAACUUCCACAAUUACGACAACCUGAGACACUUCACCAAGAAACACGACCCCAGGAGAAGAUCAGAUGAAGAUCCAAACAAGUCAGUGGUAAACCUGAUGUUUGCAGCCUACAGUGGUGACCUCACUGCUCUCAGGAGGUUUGCUCUUUCAGCUUUGAACAUGGAGCAGAGAGACUACGACUCUCGCACAGCGCUCCACAUUGCUGCUGCAGAAGGUCAUGCGGAAGCUGUUGUCUUCCUAACUGAAGUAUGUAACGUGAAUCCUCACAUGAAAGACAGGUGGGGGAACACACCUGUAGAUGACGCCUUGCAGUUUGGCCAUGAUGUUGUUGUUUCAGUCCUGCAAGAGUACCAGCGUGGGUACGCUGACAGCGAAGCACCAUGCGACACAGAGGAGCAGAAGACCACGCCAGACACGUUGAAGAGCAUCGUUUAAACCAGUGGUUCCAAACCUGGGGUCUGGGCCCCCCAUUAGCGUGGCGCCCAAGAUUUGUCUGGAGGUUGUCAAAAUUAAGUUUGCACAUGUACAACUAAAAUCCUAAUAACAUACUUACUGGAUCAUUUAUACAAAAGUCUGUAAACAACACUUAUAUAGUUAUUUCCAUACUUAAUAAGCCACACCUCUGUGACCUUUCAACCUCUGUGACCAGCACUCUCAAUCACUUUCGUCAGGUCCGCUAGUUGGCAGCUCAUCCUUGUUUUUCCUGCCGUCAGAGAAUCCCUAUUUUAUGAAUGAACAACAUUUCUGAGAACCUAAAAAGUGCUGACUCAUCAGUAUCAAAAAAGAAAGUAAGGCUAUAUCUCGAGAGCUACCUUAACUUUGCUUUUUAUUGACGAACAGGUCAGGUCUCAGCCAGAAUGUGUCAUCUGUGGCGAGAAGCUGGAGAACAUGAAGCCAAGCUAAAUGGAAACGACACAAGGGAUCAUAAGGAUUUUGUAAUGGAAAUGAAUCUCUUUUAUUAUGAGAGGACUGAAAAGACACAGGAUGAUUGAGAAACCUGAUGAAUGAAUGAGUUUAUCUUAAAUAUAGUAAUAAAUGUUAUAUAAUAUAAUUAGAUGAAAAGCUUAUCAGUGCAGGAUUUAGUCUCUUUGUAAUGUAUCUGUGUGGAGAAAAAUACAUUAAUUUCAGCCAUGGCUUGUGUUGCAACACUAAUGAUCUGUUGUGUUUGGCUUCUGACAGAAAAUGACACUGUGAUGUAAAUAUCUAAUAUCGGUGCCUAUUUAUUGUUAAAAUAUUGAAAUAUAUUUUUGCUUCAUCAGCAUGUCAUUAAAUCAGGGGAUGUUAUGCCUCCUGUGUAAUAACUUUAUAAAUAUUCCCAAAGCUGCUUCAUUAAUUAACUCAACAGGAGGUUAUUCAGUUUGCGUUCUGUAACACUGGUUUAUUGUAGUUUAUGCUCGUUCAUAGGCCAGUUUAUUCACUGCCGAUACCUUGUGUUGAUUUUCUUUUUGGCUCUUUUUAUUUGUCACUUGUGUAUCACAUAAACAUCUGCAUAUCUCA